GGAGGUGAAGGCGGAAAGAAGCGCAGCGGGGCUGCAAACGGCAUUUAUUUUAUUCUUUAUUUUUUUUUUAAGAAGGGGACGCGUCUCAGGCCCGGGAGGAGCAGGGGCCGGAGCCGCCAUGCCGCGGGAGAUCAUCACUCUGCAGCUGGGGCAAUGCGGCAACCAAAUUGGCUUUGAAUUCUGGAAGCAGCUCUGCGCAGAGCAUGGCAUCAGCCCUGAGGGCAUUGUGGAGGAGUUUGCCACCGAGGGCACUGACCGAAAAGAUGUCUUCUUUUACCAGGCAGACGAUGAACACUAUAUCCCUCGAGCUGUCCUCCUAGACCUGGAGCCACGAGUGAUCCAUUCCAUCCUGAACUCUCCAUAUGCCAACCUGUACAACCCAGAAAAUAUAUACCUGUCUGAGCAUGGCGGCGGGGCUGGGAAUAACUGGGCCAGUGGCUUUUCACAGGGAGAAAAGAUCCAUGAAGAUAUAUUUGACAUUAUCGACAGAGAAGCUGACGGCAGUGACAGCUUAGAGGGUUUUGUCCUGUGCCAUUCCAUCGCCGGUGGGACAGGCUCUGGUCUGGGCUCUUACCUCCUGGAGAGAUUAAAUGACAGGUACCCCAAGAAGCUGGUGCAGACAUACUCGGUCUUUCCCAACCAAGAUGAGAUGAGCGAUGUGGUUGUUCAGCCGUACAACUCUCUCCUGACCCUCAAGCGGCUGACACAGAAUGCCGACUGUGUGGUGGUUCUAGACAACACAGCCCUGAACCGCAUUGCGACUGACAGACUGCAUAUCCAGAAUCCCACCUUUUCCCAAAUUAACCAGCUGGUCUCCACCAUCAUGUCUGCCAGCACCACAACGUUGCGCUACCCGGGCUACAUGAACAAUGACUUGAUCGGGCUGAUCGCCUCCCUGAUUCCCACUCCCAGAUUGCACUUCCUGAUCACGGGCUACACCCCUCUCACCACAGACCAGGCUGUGGCCAGCGUCCGGAAAACCACCGUCCUUGAUGUGAUGCGGCGGCUGCUGCAGCCCAAGAACGUCAUGGUGUCCAUGGGGCGUGACCGGCAGACGAAUCAUUGCUAUAUCGCCAUCCUUAACAUCAUUCAGGGGGAAGUGGACCCCACCCAGGUCCACAAGAGCCUGCAGCGGAUCCGAGAGAGGAAGCUAGCCAAUUUCAUUCCCUGGGGCCCAGCCAGCAUCCAAGUAGCACUUUCUAGGAAGUCUCCGUACUUGCCGUCAGCACACCGGGUCAGCGGUCUGAUGAUGGCCAACCAUACCAACAUUUCAUCGCUCUUUGAACGCACCUGCCAGCAGUACGACAAGCUGCGCAAACGCGAAGCCUUCCUGGAGCAGUUCCGCAAGGAGGACAUCUUCAAGGAGAACUUUGACGAGCUGGACGACUCCCGGAAGGUUGUCCAGGAGCUGAUAGAUGAAUACCACGCUGCCACUCGGCCCGACUACAUUUCCUGGGGCACACAAGAGCAGUGAGGCAUGGCAUCCCUCCGGAAGUGACAAAUAUGCCGUCCUUCACCUUCUGUGACCCAGGGCUGGGGCUGUGAGGGUACUUGCAGGUCCCUAAACAGGGGAAGGGAUUCCUUGUGUUGUUUCGGCUCUCCUGUUAGAAUUCUCCAUCACUGCAGCCUAAUGCUCCCAUUCCCGGGCCUGACUGCACCCCCGUUGCCUUAAAAGAACCAGGCUGUCCCUUUGGCAUUUUCCCCUGGAGCGAGUCUGGUUAGCAGCAUUAGGAUAGCUCCUUUUCUUGUUUGUUCCUUUCCAUCUCCCUAAGAAGCUUUUCCCUCCGCUGAGCAGUUUUCCUGUCGCACGUGUGUUUUAUUGAAAUGUAUUCAAUUGCAGGCGGAAAUAAGCACCAAAGCGGAUUAAGAAAUGCAACGUUUUGAAGUUAA